AUGGCCAAGAACACAUGCAAGCUAUGCUCCCGCCGCUUCGCCAGCCCCCGCGCCCUCGCCGGCCACAUGCGCGCCCACUCCAUCGCCGCCGGUAAGUCGCAGAUCUCCUCGGCGUCGUCGGCUUCGACCUCCAUCGCGGCCGGCGGCGGCAUCGACGACGACGCCGCCGACGCAAAGAAGCGCAGCCCCAUCCAGGGGCCGCACGCGCUGCGGGAGAAGAACCCCAAGCGCCGCGUCCGCCUCGACGACGACUCCGACUUCUCGGAUCGCGAGAGCGAGACGACGAACUACUACUCCCCGUCGCCGGACGCCAAGCGCUCGUACGCCGGAUCGGGAGACGCGGAGCCGGUGAGCUCGGUCUCCGACGCCGCCACGCCGGAGGAGGACGUCGCGCUGUCUCUAAUGAUGCUCUCCCGCGACUCCUGGCCCGCGCCGCCGCCGCCGUACCCGUACCCGUACCGCCUCGACUCCGACGACGACGAGAGCGACGCCCGCCCCGUGGUGGUCGCCGCCGCCGCCGCGGCAGCGCAGAAGCGGACGCGGUACGAGUGCCCCGCGUGCAAGAAGGUGUUCCGAUCGUACCAGGCCCUCGGGGGCCACCGGGCCAGCAACGUGCGCGGCGGCAGGGGCGGCUGCUGCGCGCCCCCGCUCAGCACUCAGCCGCCUCCCGCCCCGGCCCCGCUGCAGCCAUUGCCAGAAUGCGAGGGCAGAGAGGAGGACUCCAAGGCGCAGCAGCCGCACGAGUGCCCCUACUGCUUCCGCGUGUUCCCGUCCGGGCAAGCUCUCGGCGGCCACAAGCUGUCUCACCUCUGCUCGACGGCGGCGGCGGCAGCAGCAGCAGCAGCCGCCUUCACAUCAGGCGCUGAUCCUUCGAUCGCAAUGAAGACCCUGGGUUUCAUUGAUCUGAACCUCCCCGCGCCCUUCGACGACGUGGAGGUCUCCGCCGUGUCAGAUCCCUUCCUCUCGUCCAAGCCAGCAGGUUCUUGA